CCAAAGGAAUUAGAAGAAAACAACUAUGGAAGCAAGGAUAUGUUUGAAGAGAUUGAGUAUGAAAGUAAAGAAGUGGAAGUAAAGAAAGAAUACUAUAUGAGGGAUUUAUCAGAAGAGAAAGUGCCAACACUGGAAAAAGAAGUAGAGUAUACUGAUGAAAAAUAUAAAGUGGAGUUGGAUAACCUAAUGAAGGCAGGAACAAGCAGAGGUAAUGAAACUCUUCAAAAAAGAAAAAGAACUAUUUGCAGAAGAAAUGAAUAA